UUUCAAAAAUGGCAUUUUCAUCGGCAGGAUCGGUAAUAUUACAAAGAUUUCCUUCCAUUUGAAAUGUGCUAGGGUUAAUAAUAAUGACCAGGUAAUACAGAGUUAGUAAUAAUCAGAUUGUAAUAUAGAGACGAUUAUGAAAUUUAGAAAUGAAAAGAAAAACGUCAUCAUAAAUAUGCCGGUUACUUGUCUUUAUCCGGGAAAAGAAAAAAAAAGAACAAAAAAAAAAGAAGAGUUCGAGCACAGGGCUGGGAUGGAUUUGGACAAACAAACGUUAAGAUGGGUGGUAGAUCAAGUAAUUUAAGCAGAAAGGGAGGGUACGUUCGCCUGCAAUUUUUUCCUGUUACGUUAUCAGUGUGCCUAUAACAACAACACUAGAUUUAUCGUAUUCAAAGAGACCUCUCUUUCUCUGACUCUCGCUGAUCCGCCGUCCGACGCCACUCCUCUUUAUAAUUUAAGGAAGGAAAGGAGCGCCGAUUUGAAAGCAGGAGUCCUUGGGAACAUCGAUCCAGAUCUUGGUUGUUUAAAUGGCGUCUUCAUCAUCGUCGACUGUAGCUGGCGCCACAGGAUGGUUGAGAGGAAAGGUGAAAGCUGUUCCUUCGGGAGACUGCUUAGUGAUAAUGGGAAACUCCAAGGGCGAUAGCCCUCCACCAGAGAGGACAAUAACUUUAUCAUCUCUGAUUGCUCCCAGAUUGGCCCGUAGGGGUGGAGUUGAUGAGCCGUUUGCAUGGGACAGCAGAGAGUAUUUAAGGAAGCUCUGCAUUGGAAAGGAAGUCACUUUCAGAGUUGAUUAUACUGUACCAUCCAUUGGAAGAGAAUUUGGCUCCGUUUUCCUUGGCGACAAAAAUGUUUCGGUGCUGGUUGUUUCUGAAGGCUGGGCAAGGGUAAGGGAGACAGGUCAACAGAAAGGAGAAGUAAGUCCUGUCCUUGCAGAAUUGCUUCGCCUUGAAGAGCAAGCUAAGCAACAAUGUCUAGGUCGUUGGAGCAAGACACCUGGUGCUUCUGAGCUAUCCAUCAGGAACUUACCUCCCUCAGCCAUUGGUGAUCCUAGUAACUUGGAUGCCAUGGGCCUACUCAAUGCAAACAAGGGUAGGGCCAUGCAAGGUAUUGUUGAGCAGGUUAGAGAUGGCAGUACCAUCCGGGUCUAUUUGCUUCCUGAAUUCCAGUUUGUUCAAGUGUUUGUUGCAGGAAUCCAGGCUCCAUCAAUGGGAAGAAGAGCUGCAGCAGAAGCCAUUGUUGAGACAGAACUGGCAUCUGAUGAGCCAAAUGGAGAAGGAUCUGCUGAAACUCGGCCUGCUUUAACAUCAGCACAGAGGUUGGCAGCAUCAACAGCAUCCUCUAAUGAAGUUGCCCCUGAACCAUUUGGGAAGGAAGCUAAACACUUCACUGAGAUUCGUGUUUUGCAUAGGGAGGUCCGUAUCGUAUUAGAAGGUGUUGACAAAUUUGGCAAUUUGAUCGGUUCAGUAUAUUAUCCCGAUGGUGAAUCAGCAAAGGACCUAGCACUGGAGCUUGUAGAAAGUGGUUUAGCUAAAUAUCUAGAAUGGAGUGCUAGUAUGAUGGAAGAAGAUGCCAAACGGCGGCUGAAGUCUGCAGAACUUCAAGCGAAGAAGAAUCGAUUGAGAUUCUGGACAAACUAUGUUCCCCCACCCACAAAUUCGAAGGCAAUUCACGACCAGAAUUUUACUGGAAAAGUGGUUGAGGUUGUAAGUGGGGAUUGCAUCAUUGUAGCUGAUGAUUCUCUCCCAUUCGGCAGCCCAUUAGCAGAACGACGAGUUAACCUCUCCAGUAUCAGGUGUCCAAAAAUGGGCAAUCCUCGUAGAGAUGAAAGACCUGCUCCCUACGCCCGUGAAGCAAGGGAGUUUCUACGGACACGGCUUAUUGGCCAACAAGUGAAUGUUUCAAUGGAAUAUUCUAGGAAGGUAGGCUUGGCGGAUGGACCCACAACUGCUUCUGCAGAUUCUAGGGUAAUGGAUUUUGGAUCAGUCUUCCUGGUCUCUCCUACUAAGGUUGAGGCUGAUGGUGCAUCCACACCUGCUAUAUCUACUGCUGGAAGUCAGCAUGCUGGGGUAAAUGUUGCUGAGCUAGUUGUUGCCCGUGGCUUUGGCACUGUCAUCAGGCAUCGAGAUUUUGAGGAAAGAUCAAACUAUUAUGAUGGUCUCCUUGCUGCUGAAUCGCGUGCUAUUUCUGGGAGAAAAGGAAUCCAUUCUGCAAAGGAUCCUCCAGUGAUGCAUAUAACAGACUUGCUUAUGGCAUCAGCAAAGAAAGCAAAAGAUUUCUUGCCAUUUCUGCAAAGGGUUAGGAGGAUGCCUGCCAUUGUGGAAUAUGUCCUCAGUGGUCACCGCUUUAAACUGUUGAUUCCUAAGGAAACAUGUAGCAUUGCUUUCUCGUUCUCUGGUGUUCGAUGUCCUGGUCGUGAUGAGCCUUUUUCAGACGAAGCAAUUGCACUAAUGAGACGAAAGAUAAUGCAAAGAGAUGUCGAAAUUGAAGUGGAAACUGUUGAUAGAACUGGAACUUUCUUGGGAUCUCUAUGGGAGGCAAAAACCAACAUGGCAGUGACACUUCUUGAGGCUGGACUAGCAAAGCUUCAAACUUCCUUUGGCAGUGACAGGAUCCCCGAUGCUCACCUUCUUGCUCAGGCUGAGCAGUCUGCGAAAAAGCAAAAACUAAAAAUAUGGGAAAACUAUGUAGAAGGAGAAGAAGUUUCUAAUGGGUCAGCUACUGAAAGCAAACAGAAAGAAGUGCUUAAGGUAGUGGUUACUGAAAUUUUAGGUGGUGGUAGAUUUUAUGUCCAGACAAUCGGAGACCAGAGAGUAGCCUCUAUUCAGCAGCAGCUUGCUUCUCUGAAUCUUCAAGAAGCUCCUGUCAUUGGUGCUUUUAAUCCUAAGAAGGGUGACAUUGUCCUUGCGCAAUUUAGUGCAGAUAAUUCGUGGAACCGAGCAAUGAUUGUUAAUGCACCUCGGGGGGCUGUUGAAUCCCCAAAAGACAAAUUUGAAGUGUUCUACAUUGACUAUGGAAAUCAAGAAAUUAUUCCUUACAGUCAGUUGAGGCCACUUGAUCCUUCAGUGUCCUCUGCUCCUGGCCUUGCUCAGCUAUGCAGCCUUGCAUACAUAAAGGUUCCGAGCUUGGAUGAGGAUUUUGGUCAAGAAGCAGCUGAGCAUUUUAGUGAUAUGACAUUAAAUAGUUCAAAAGAGCUCAGGGCUGUGAUUGAGGAUAAGGAUACUUCAGGAGGAAAAGUGAAAGGACAAGGAACUGGGACAGUCCUUAUUGUAACUUUGAUUGAUGUGGAGGCUGAAUCCAGUAUAAAUGCUGCAAUGUUGAAGGAAGGGCUUGCUACUGUAGAGAAAAGAAAGAGAUGGGACCCCAAGGAAAAACAGAUAGCAUUUGAUAAUUUGGAAAAAUUCCAGGCAGAAGCACGACUUAACAGGCUAAGGAUGUGGCAGUAUGGGGAUAUUCAGUCAGAUGAUGAGGACACAGCUCCACCUGUUAGAAAGGCUGGUGGUCGGCGAUUAAUAAAAGCUUCAACAUCCUGAGGUAACAAAGACUCCAGCGGCCUAAGACAGGUGAUAGGGACAAUGAUUUGCUUCUAGAGAUACAAGACAAAGAAAUGUUGCAGCAGCUUAAACUUUAUUUAAAUUAGCUUUUCAUAUUGUUUUUGUAUUUUAAAAUUUUACUGAUAGGUGAGGGAACAAUUUUUUUUCUUUUUUUUUUUUUAAAAAAAAAUUAUAACCUUUUAAUAAGGUGAAGUUUCAUCCUGACCAGUCUCUUUGAGGAGACAAUCGGAAACAAUUUUUCGCAGUUCAGCAAAAAUUUAAAGAUUUUGUGUCGGAUUUUUCUUUGGUAUCUGUUAAUCAGCUUUAGUUUCAUUCA